AUGGCAAAUACGGUCACACUCUUUGAAUAUCUCCAGCAGGGGCUUUUGCGCCACCCAUCAUUUGAUACCUCGCCAGGAGGCAAUACCACAGCCACUAAUUACAAUUACACUCAGAUCCAUCGUGUGGAUAAAUGGCCGGAAUUCAACAUCGACACAAUCACAACUGAGUUUGCCGCUAUCCUGGACGGAGCCCGAAUCCAAAAUGAAAUGCCUCCUCAUACACCCCCUCGCCAAGUUAACUCAGAGGACGCUGUCCGGGCCCGUGCCCAUUCCUACCUGACAAAUCGAGUUGUACGAGCUUUACGCUCCGGGUUCCAUUUCAUUUCCACCACGGGACAGGCGAGGAACUUCAAAAGACUCGCCUAUGAUGUCGGCUCCCUGGCCUGCACACAGCAUGGCUUUCCCGACUUUGCUGUCUACGAUACAGCCGACGCAAACUCGAAGACUCGGCGGAACUUGGUUCCCGGCGACGUUAAAGUAUCCUGGAAGUGGUUGGCAGCUUGGCAUGACAGCAACAGUAGACAUGAAAAGAAGGAAUACAAACAGGUUCUUUCGCAGCUCAACUUUUAUGCGAAGCGAAACAAAACACGCUAUAGCUUUGUGCUCACCAACCGCGAAUUUGUUGCCAUACAACGGCUGGAUGUGUACGGUCAUCUGAAAGUUUCAGAUCCCAUUCCUUGGGAUGCUCGGGGAACUCUUCAAUCCCCCCCGUUUGACCGUUCCUCUGGCAAUCUGGUAUCUUACCAUGCUCGCCGCUCGCAAGGACCCGGAUGGUAA